GCGUGCACGCGUGUUUUGUUGGCAGUCAGUAGUUUGGUUGUGUAGAGAGCUGUGUUGUGAACCCUACGUUGUUCAGACCGUCAGACGGCCGUGAAGAUGACAGAGCAACAGGAGGACUAUCCUUCAGAAAUCCACGCGGGGCUGGUGGCCUUCAGCGACUCUCUCAAAUCAGUGGAGGAAGUCUUCAAACCGUUCCUACAGAUGGCGCUGGAGGACGUGGAAAAGCUGGAGUCUCUGGACCAGGCAAAACUGCAUCUGACGGCAGUCUACGCUAUCAACUCUCUCUUCUGGAUUUACCUCACCACACAGGGGAUCGACCCCAAGGAUCAUCCAAUCAAGAACGAGCUGGACAGAAUACGCAGCUACAUGAACCGAGUCAAGGAGAUAGAAGACAAGAGAAAAGCUGCCAAACUGGACAAAGCUGCUGCUAAGAGAAUUGUGAAGAGCGCUCUCUGGGAGCCGUCCAAGAUGCCAGGAGGUUCUCAGGGCAAGCAGACAUCAGGGAAGAGAAAACAACAGGACAGAGCUGGGCCUCAGAACAAGAAGAAAAGGGACUGAACAGAGGCUGAACUCAGACACUGAACAUGGAGAGAAGCUACUGGAACGAAUGUAAGAAACAGGAAAUGCCGCUGUGAUUGAGACUCUCAUUUCUGUGUGAGGUGGACAACCAGCAGGUCCUUACUAGGGACUUUCAACAUCAUCCCCCCUCCAAUGAAAUACAAACUAUGAUUAUCUACCCCCAUAUACUAGUUUGAGCAAGUUGUUCGUUCCUUUCAACCUCCCAGGCAUUUACAGCCAACUGCUGCAUACUUGGAUACUACUGUAAAUUGAUGUAAGUUUGCAGGGACUUCAUGUCACACUGAUUGGUGUAGAUAACAGUGUCAUGGCCUGUGAAGGCCAGAGGUAUGUUUGAACUGUGCAGACCAUAAGAAUCAAACUUAGGACAACCGUUGUCACAUGGAAAUUUUACUUUAGUAUUUUGGAAUCAUGUAAAUAACAUUCACACUGCUGUACUUACAUGUGAGUGAAUUCUAGUAUUGAUUUCGAGUAUACAUCUUUUCACUGAUUACUUUACAAUAGUG